AUGAAUUUUGAUCAAUUUAAAAUACCUUCAACAAUUGAAGAGGCCAAAUAUUUAAUUUUUAAUCAUAUAAAAACUUUCAAAAAAGAAAAUAUUAUACAUGAUUUUAAAAAUUUCAAAAUAUCACCAAUUACAAUCACAAUUAGUUUAAUUACCUUAUUCACAAUUUUAAUCUUUGGUAAAAUUUUAACACCAACAUCAACAUCAACAAGUCCAUCAACAUACAAUGAAACUGAAAAAACAGGUAAAAAAACAGGUGGUAAGAAAAAAUUAAGUAAAGCUCAAAGAGCAAAUAAAGAAAUUCAACAAAUUUUAGAUUUUGUUGAAAGUGAAUACGUACCUGAAAUUGAUUCUUAUAUAGAAAAUUACAAAUCAUUAUCAAAAGAGGAUGUUGAGUAUAAAUUUAGUUAUUUUGAAGAAAUGUUACUUAAAGAAUUGAUGAAGUUGGAUGAAAUUGAUGUUACAAGUAAUGAAAUAUUAAGAGAAAAUAGAAGAAAAGUUAUAAAAUUUGUUCAAGAUCAUCAAAAAAGACUCGAUAAAUUUAAAAAAGAUAUUAGUUAG